CAGUUAUUUCCCACGCUGCAGAGGUUUUGGUGUUUAGGUGAUAAUUAAGGCUGCAGACUUUGUGAGUGUUGUCCAAGAAGUCCAGUGCGUGUUUUCAGGCUUCUUCUACACUGAUGGUCCUGGUGGGAGCUGCUGAUCCUCGGCGCUGAUCAGCUUUUGGAUUCAACUUGUCAUUCCUUAUGCUUAUCCUGCUGGCAUGAAGUUAUGCAACACUUGGGUGUUGUCUUGUCAACAUCAACUUCAAAUAUUAGCUCCAGCCCGUCAGACCAGCACGGCUCCUCCAAGCCCCCCCUGAGCUCCUCGGCCAUGACAUCACGCAUCCUGCUGCGGCAGCAGCUGAUGCGGGAGCAGCUUCAGGAGCAGGAGCGGCGGGAGCAGCAGAGACAGCAGGCCUCCCAGUACCCACAAACCACGGCGGCACAGACCCCUGCCAUCAAUGUCAGUGUCCCGACCAGUUUACCGCCAGCCGCCCAGGUCCCCAUGGAGGUGCUCAAGGUCCAGACUCAUCUGGAGAACCCAACCAAAUACCACAUCCAGCGCUCGCAGCAGCAGCAGGUGAAGCGGUACCUGGGGAAGCUUGGCUCUCAGGUGUUGAGCUUGCCUUGCCCCAACCAGUCCUCUGAUCGCGGGGGCAUGCCGCCAGGGCCGGGCAACAGCGCCCCCAACAGCCCUAUGGCCUUACUGACCUUAAACGCCAACUGCGAGAAAGAGAUGGAUGAUGUCAUUGAUGACAUUAUUAGUCUGGAGUCAAGUUACAGUGAUGACAUCCUCGGCCUGAUGGAUCCAGGACUUCAGAUGGCAAACACGAUCCCUGUCCCUGCUAACCUCAUGGACAUGUAUGGUAAUCAGGGUAUGUCCCAGCAAGGUCUGCCCAUCAGCAACUCCUGCCCUGCCAACCUGCCCAACAUCAAAAGGGAAUACUCUGUUUCACAAUCGCCAGCCAUCAUGCAUAUGCUGGAUAAGUCCGGAUCCUGUGGCAAAUUCGACAACUACCAAAGGCCUGAAGGGUUCCCUGUUGAAGCUGAGGUAAGAGCAAUGGCUAAGGAAAGACAGAAGAAGGAUAACCACAAUCUGAUUGAGAGAAGACGACGGUUUAACAUCAACGAUCGCAUCAAGGAAUUGGGAACUUUAAUUCCAAAAUCCAAUGACCCGGACAUGCGCUGGAAUAAAGGCACCAUCCUGAAGGCAUCAGUGGACUACAUCAGGAAGCUACAGCGGGAGCAGCAGAGGGCCAAGGAGCUGGAGAAUCGGCAGAAGAAGCUCGAGCACGCCAACCGUCAUCUGAUGUUGAGGAUACAGGAGUUAGAGAUGCAGGCACGCGCUCACGGUCUGGCCAUCGCAUCUUCACUCUGCUCUCCUGAACUCGGGCCCCGGACCAUUAAGCAGGAGACCGCUCUGGAGGACUGCCACCAGGACCUGUACGCGCUCCACCCACAGCACCAACACCACCCCGCCUGCACUCCAGAACAACCCGGCGGCGGCGGCGGCACCCUGGAUCUAAACGAAGGCCACUCUAACUUCACCGAGGGCCACUACAGCGUUCACAACAAGGCCGGAUCCAAACUCAACGACAUCCUCAUGGAAGACACCUUAUCACCGGUGAGAGGGCGGGACCCUUUGCUCUCGUCCGUCUCCCCAGACACCUCAAAGGACAGCAGUCGCAAGAGCAGUGUGAGCAUGGAUGAGAACGAGCAGGGAUGUUAGCACCCCCUACUGGAAGACACCUCACUCAGCAUCUCCAACCCCUCCAUCCUGUCAGUAGCUAACACACUCCCAGCUGCUGGAGAGGCUUUAUCUUGUUUGUGUCACUUGUUUUUGUUGUGUGUGUGUGUUUUAGUUUUAUUUCCUCCCCUCCACCCGUGUUUACAUGUAUUGAAUCUUUUCCAUUCAUGUUGUUUUGUUAGUUAUUUUUUUGUGAUAUAUUUGUUUUUAUUUUUCAAGCCCUCAACCUUGAUUUCAAGGACUGAUUAUGAAGUAUGUUCGCUUUAAUCAAUACUUUGAUGACAAUGAGUUACAAAAAUAGAGGUUUUUAUAUUUAAAAAAACAAAAACAAAACAAAAAAAAAACGCAUUUAUCUUUGGAUAGAGGCUAGAUUAUGUUUAUUUCUAUUGAUUCCAAAGAAUCUAGGGAAGUUAUAAAUCAUGGUCAGAAAUGUAGAUAUUUUGUGUUGAAAUGAACACUGCUUUUUAAAUCACUAGCAAUAAUAGAAGAAGAAAGAAAAAUCUAUUUAUUACUAUAGUGCUUUACACUCCUCGUGUCUUAGAUUGAACUUGAAUGUGUCGAUGCCUUAUUAAGAUGUGUAUACAUCGAUGUUGUAUUGCUAUGCACAUGUUUUUGGCUGUUAGCUGAGUCUUUGUCAGUCUUCCAGUUGAAAUUUCUUCCUUGACAAAUAUUAAUCAUUUGUAGAUUUGAUCUUAUUUAUGUAUCUAUGUAAAAAAACAGGAUGUUAUGUACACAUUCCCCUCAAAACAAUUAAUUUAUGACAAGGUAUUUAAAAGAAAAGCCUUUUUCUUUUUUCUUUUUUAAAUAACCGAGAUAUGAUAAUAAAUGAAAGCACGUUAAAAAAAAAAAGUCUCCUUCUAGAUAAUUAAAAUAAAUGAUAAUGGUUCGUUUUUAGUGUUUAAUUCGUCAUCACAAUGAGUGAGAAGCAGCACAACAAUCCAGUAAUAAGAGAGAAAGGUCAGGUUUCACCACAUGGAUGCAUCAUUUAGACGGACAUAUUAUCAGCAUACAUUCCUCUCUGCCAAAGCAGAUGAAACAUUUUAAUUCGACAACAGAUUAAAUGAAAGAUUUCUUCAUAACGCAGUAGACUUUUUUAGCUCAGAUCCAAAUUGAAAAGCCUGACAAAUGCACAAGAAUUUCACCCGAUAGAUCUGAUUGUUACGUAAUUCUAUAAAUCUUUGAGUGAUUAACGCAAGAAAGAUGAAUCAGUUCA